AUGGCUAUCAUGCAUCAGGAGAGAUUGUCCUUGGGGAAGUUUCUCUAUAUCAUUUUUGACUCACAGAAUAGGAAGGAGGCCUUACUUUUGAGUGCACGUCAAAAAGUCGACAGUUUUCUCAAGGGCAACACCGAACAAGGAACACAACCUGUUGACAUUGUCAGGCUCAUUGUUGAGCACAACUUUGGCCGUGACAAGGAGAAGAGGGACCAACCAACAUACCACCCACUUCCAUCCUUCACUUCUCAUCCCCACCCUGGUGGCCUCCUAGUCAGCACCAAUCCAAUCCAAGUGUUGAGUUUCUAUGAGCGUCAAGACUUUGCUGGCGAGAGUUUGCGAUUGGACCAAAUGUGUCCUGCUUGGCAAUGGUCCGUGAAGAUGCCAUUGAGGGGGCAAGGGGUCGUGGAAGCAACAACGCGCGGGAUCCCUGGCUGUCUGGGACAGGACAAGAAGGCAACACUGAAAGCUCUUGGUCAUAUGUUGGUGGCCAGGGAAAUUCAAAUACAUCUCCUCUAUGACAACAUAAAUCAAUAUCACCGGGCUUGGAGAGCAAAUCUUACCAGUCAGAAUAGGCUUGAGAGUGGAACAGCUGCGACCCUCAUUGUGCAACGCAAAAUUGAUGGACACAAGAAUGCAUUCAACGGACCGGACAAGGAACCUAUCACCUUCAAGAGACUGAAGGCCGAUGUGAACCCACUACACCUUGAGGAUGUUGCAAUCACAAAUAUCCUAUGGAUUUUCCUCAAGUUCAUACCUCACCUUCAAAAGUUCAAAAACGAUGUUGACAAUCUCCAAUAUGUGAAACAUGCAAAGUGCCACAUGAAGCUGCAGAAGACCAAGUACCACCUGCUGGAGUGUUCUGGCUACAAUGAAGCAUCUACCCAAGGGAACUGUGAUGUGGUGCUGGAUGCCUUCAUUCGACAACUGGGACUGAGCCGCAAUGAAUUGGAGGGAAGGCAGUUCCCGGUGUCAGGGGACCAAGCAACAGUUGCGCGCUUGCGCACGUUACUUGAACAGACCUCACUCUGUCGCUCCUGGUUUACGACACAUAAAUGGGUUCUCCCUGUGAUAGAACUGUGGCAUCUUAAGUGGGCAUUUCUGAAGGGGAUUUUUAAGGCUCACUGGGCAUGUAAAGUAGGCAAGGGGGAUGUCGGAUUGUGCACUGCUGCUGAGGCACUCGGGUGGAACAUCAAUCCUGACAAAGUCGAAUUUUACCCCUGCUACCGGCUAGCUGAAUUGGUCUUAACAACCACGACCCUUCAUUAUGCUAGAUGUUUUUUGCGUGAGAAGGCCACAACACCCCUUGUUGUGUCAGGUGGUAUCAAUCGAUUGCACCUCAUUGAGGAGCUUCAGGAAUAUUGCAAGCCAGGUUACCUGCUCUAUCAAUGUUCAUUUUCUGACUUGGUAGAUCUUGUGCACAACAUAUACACAACAUAUGGCACAACAGAAGCCGCGACUUUCACUCAGCACCAUGACUCCACUGUUGGAGGGGCCUUCUUUAACUCUCAUAUGCGAGGAACCCAUCAGCUUCUCCUUCCACAUUGCCUUCAACACCCCCCCAACCAUCUUCAUCUGAGCUUGAUGACGGCAUCUCAUUUCUCAACACCGGUGACCCAGACAAAAUCAACCCUUCCCAUGAUUGCAACCCCAUGGGAAACACUGCCCCAGUGGCUGGCAGUGACCCUCCCCCCUUGGAUGAAUGAUCCCGGGGUGACACAUUACUUUAUAACAACAUUGUCCUUUAUCGUGAUUUGCUGCAUCUCUAUGAGCUUAACACGAGUGUACAUGAUGGGGAUAUUGGUCAUACUUUCGAAGUUAUUCACUGGCUCUGUUUCUAUUUUUUCGGUGUCGGGUUCAAUAAUUAUGGCAAUGAGCUGCUUCAACAAGCUCGGGACUUCUGGUGGCACCUCCCCACAGCAACAUGAUCAGCAAUCCUGCUCAAUUACCUGGUUAAUCCAUCUGGAUUGGCUGGCCACUUUCACGAAUGGGACUUACUUCAAGAACAUUUGA